GAGUUACUUUCGAUUUGGCCGGAAGCUGUCGUUCAUAACUUUCUAUUUGAGCGUUAGGCGGUUAAACGAGGUUAAGAUGGCUCAACAUACGGUUAUAUUUCUCUGUGCAUUUGGACUAUUCCAGAAAGGUCUUACUGCUCAGGUAGAGACUCGGCACACUGUGAUGGCAGCAGUAGGAGAUGAAUCAUGCCUACAGUGUCAGCUGAUGCAAUCCAAAAAUGUACUGCAAGUCACCUGGCAGAAAAUGCUCCCUGAGGGCGAGGACAAUAUUGCUACUUACACCAAACAGUUUGGUCAGACAGUGAAUCCUGGUUUUAAAGGAAAAGUGGAGUUCAAAGAUGCUGGACUUCAGAACUGCUCCAUAGUCAUCAAGAACGUGAAAGACCAAGAUGAAGGAUGCUAUCGCUGUCUGUUUAACACCAUCCCUGAAGGUGCUUUCAUUGGAAGGACCUGCCUCCAGAUCUAUGAGUUGCACGGACCCUUCCUGCACGUCGUAGACUCAGUUGUCUCCUGCUCGGCCACCGGUCGACCUGCUCCCACGGUAACCCUAGAAGACGUCCCCCACUACAACUCUACAUCUGUCGCCAAUAGCAACGGGACAGUAACCGUCACCGUGACAGCCCGUCUCCACGACAACAGCGCAGAGGUUGUAUGUGCAGCACUAGUGCUCUCUGCUCCUCAGAAGAAGGCGAACAUGUCGAUUCCAGAGGUCACAAUGUUGGCUAUUACAGGUUCUGAAGAGGACUCGGAGUCUGAUAACUCUGGUUCUGGUAAGUCUUCCUCUUUGGUUUGGAUCAUUGUGCCUUUGGUACUAUCCUGUGUGUGUGUUGUUGCAAUCGCUGUCUUCCUGUGGAGAAGAAAACAUCUGAAAGGUGUGCGAGAGAAGGACUCUGAGAUGACCAAGACACCUCAGAAAACAACCACAGACCGUCAUGAGGUCCUAACACCGUUAAUAACGAAAACGAACGAGGUACGGCUAAGGAUGUCUUCUUCUGUGAAAAAACCCAAAGAAUCAGGAACAUCUCAAACAUCUCUGAAAGUUAAAGCUAAAAAAAGGUCUUUUUCAAUGAUCCCAAACUAAAUCUCUCAGGACUGUAGUGCCAAAACAGUUUUAUAGUCCUGAAAUCCUGUUUGAUUUUUUUUACAACAACACAGAACUUGUCUGUAACAGUUCAGAGGAAAAUACGUACACUGUCAUUUAAUGGUUUUUUUAAGCUGUGAACUAUUAUUUUAUACAUCUUUGUUUUCUACGUCUUCUUUUGUAUUUUCACAAUUCAUUUGUAAAACCUGAAUAGAUUACAUUUUAGAUGUGCUUAGAUAUACUUUAUUGAUCUCAAUUUGGGAUUUCUUUUGCAUGUAAUUGCAUUGCACAUGAACUGACAUAGAGUACACAAUUUAAAAUACACAGCAAUAGAAAACAUUAUAGUAGACUCACCUACUACGACUACUACUACUAGAAAACAAUAUAUGUUUGUGUGCAAAUAUGACCAUUUUGAAAUUAUUGUUUGACUUAUUGACUGGUUAUAUAUAUUAUGAAGGUUUAAAAAUCUCAAAACAAAAUAUCUGUUGAUUGUGUCAUAAAUCAUUACUUUAUUAUAGGAUAAUGUUACCAAUAAUAGGUCGUAAAAUAUCUGAAGUUUUUUUGUCGGUGUAUUCUGAGAUUAAAAAAAAAGUAAAAAGCCCCAGACAAAAUGUAAUUGUAUUGUUAGUUUAUAAAACACAGUGGUGGAAUAUGAAGUAAUGAAAACCAUGGCAUAGUAGUAAGUGUGGUGUAUUAAAUCUGGAGAUAUACAACCUCCUGUUGUACCACAUCACUCUCUGCACUCUCUAUGACCUCAGAGAGUAACUAACUGUAUAUGAACAGAUUUAAUACACCACAUAAGUAAAAUAUCUCCUUCUAAAAACUG